AUGCCAACCAGAUGGAGCACGGAGUAUGAGUCAGUCAAGAAAUCCCUGAUAGAAUCUGGAGUGUGCACUGAAGCCAAAGCAAAGCAGGUGGUUGAGACCAAAAUGUUACCGCUGGUGGGCGACCGACAGAGAGUCCUGGAAUCCAACCUGGAAACAAUGGAGAAAGCCAUGGAGAAUCACAACAUCAAGUUAGAAGAGAAGACCAAGUCCCUGUUCAAGUUUGCCCAGGGUGCAGCCCACAUGUGGGAUGUCCAUGAGAUCGGACUGGCCAAGCAGGAGAGGGCACUACAGGAGAAGCUGGAGGCUUGCCGCCAUCAACACGACAACCAUAACCAGGAGCGGGAAGCCAACCUGGACAUUGUGAUGGACAGAAUGCGUCAAGACUCGUCGGAGGACUCGCUCAGAGCCAGCCUGGCAAAGUCCUUGGAGAUGCUGGAGAGAAUCAGGCUCUCGUAUGAGAUAUUCCACAACCAGCAGACAGACAUUGUCAAGUCCUACCCAGAACAGGUGAACACGGAACUGGAGACCUACGACCAGUCUGUCCUCAAGUUCUUUGGUGUGGACAGGUCUCAUCCAAAGGAUAAGGACUCCACAUCCAGGGAGUCUAGUUUCCUGCAGCCUGAUGAUAAGAAGGAAGACUCUGACCUGUCCACACCCAAGUCCAAGAAGAAGAAGAAGGGCAAAGAGGAAGCGGUGGAGAAGUCUUCAAGUCAGCUGCCUCUGGCUGUCAGUGAGGUACUGUCAACAGAACGGGGAACGACCUUCUACGUGCUGACAGUCGCUGGGGAACAUGGGAUACCUCUGAGCAGUGAGGCCAGCCCAAAGUCAGUGCCGGCCACGCCCACUAAGAGGUCGCUAACCCCAGCCUUCAUGACAGAAGAACAGACCAAUGAUGACAACAUGCCAGAAUACAUCAAGAAUGUCGACAUUUCCUCCUCGCUCCUCAUAGAAAUCAGAAAAAAGAUGAGGAUGAGCUUCCUCAACCACCUGGAGGACUGGAUGACUCAGGCUGCGGAGCGAGCCAGCAGCGUCGUCGUGGCCAAGUGUGAGGAGCUGAACAGUGAGCUUGAUCUCCGCCUCCAUCUGCACCAGCCCCGAGCCCGGCGGGCCGAGUUCGACGUCCACAAUGUCAGAGGAGCUGAGCUAGUGAUGCACUCUGAACGUGUCGCCCGUCACUGUAAGGGUAUCCAGCAGGCUCUCUCUGAGCUCCGCCAUCGAUUCAACGGCAUGAGUCAUGAACACAACAAGCUUGCUCAGAAGUUCCGUGAAGAUAUCGAAGCUCUGGAAAUCAUCUUUAUCAAUGCGACAAAAUCUUCAAGGCUGGUGGCUCUGCAGAACCAGCUGAGUGUGGAGCUGGACAAGUUCAUGUCUGUGAUUCGCACAUCACUCCGGCAGUUCCGCCAGCACCUUGACGAGACACUCCAGAUGCUCCGCGAGUCUAAUGCCAGGUUCAUCAAGUCCUUUAAGGUGUUCUCAGAUGGAGGUAAUUUCUGCCCUGAUGAGAUCGAGGAGUAUCGGAAGAAACUGGAGAAGAUGUCACAGAAGAUUGACACGUCAGAAGGUUCCAUCAUGUCUGACCUGGAAGGAAUGGAGUCCAAGAGACUGGAGCAGGCCACUAAAGUUGCCAUAGAGUUUGAGGACAGGUUUAAGAGUCACAUGUUUGACCUGAUCUUCAUGGAGAAGAUCGCAAGAUGGCUGACUAACACUCAGUGAAAAUCAAGGCUGAAGUUGCUAACAGUAACUCCCAGGCUCAGCGACUGAUGCAGCACCUUAAUGAUCUUGACCGCAGGAUAGAUGCCUGUGAGAAACCCAACCUUGACAAGGAGCAAAUCUCAUCCAGUCAGCUGAAUGACAGCCUUAAAGCCCUAAUGGAUGCCUUCCAUGCACGCUGUGUGUACUUGAACUGUAUGAAGGAGGGGACCGCCCGACCCCCAUCAGUUUCACUGCAGGGUAAUCCAGCCA